UUUCCACCCAGUAAGUUGUAACAAUCUCUCUCUCUCUCUCUCUCUCUCUCUCUCUCUCUCUCUCUCUCUCUCCCCAAUAUGUGUGCGUGUGCGGGAUUAUGUGCAAAAUCAGCCCUAAUACUGGAGAAUCUGCAUUUAGUUUGGCAAAUCUGAUCGAUUCAAUUCUCGAGAAUCCAUGAAAAGAGGAAGAAGACCCACGGUUUCCAACACCGGCAAAGGUGAAAGACAAGUAGAUGAAAUCAAUGAUCUGCAAAAUCAGAACUCCGGGCGUUCCAUUACAGACCUCCCAAGCCCUAUCACUUUUGACAUUCUGCUGAGAGUAUCUGUGAAGGGACUUCUCAUUAGCAAAUGUGUUUGUAAAACUUGGCGCAAUCUAAUCUUAGACCCAAAGUUCGCAACCCUAUAUUUUGCGCGAGGAGAGGCCUAUCCUCUAAUUCGAACCUUGUCCCCCACACAAGUAUCCAGAACCCUUUACUUGUUUGAAGACUGCUAUGGCAUUGAAUGUGGUCCCUGCACAUGUGCUCAUUCUGAUUUUCUGUGUCAUGGUCAUAUAAAAGUAGGUAUCAACACUAAGUUGAAGAUCCCAUUGCGCGAUGCAGAAUUGUUGACACUCAAUGAAGGUGAUUCCAAUGUCAACCUUGAUGCCAAAGGCGGUGUUAAAAGAAAGCGGUGUGUCAAAUUGAGGCCCAAAGAUCACAAGUUCAACGUAGUCAAUUCUUGCAAGGGUUUGAUUUGUUUGUCUAACCCAUUGCAGAACGAUCCUGUUGCUGUGUGUAAUCCAGUCACGGGUGAGUACAUUGUUCUUCCGGAUUCUAAACAACCUGAUAAGAGUACUGAAAUUCACAUGGAUUGUGGUUUGGGCUUCAGUCUAGAGGCCAAUAAGUUUAAAGUGAUUAGAAUUUUCAAUCUAACCAAAUCUGAAAUGCUUCGUAGACCCAUUAUUUGGAACCAUGACGUAUAUGGUAGGAGGGUGGCUGAGAUACACACACUUGGCACAGGGUCGUGGAAAAGGAUUGGCAUUGCACCUUGUGCACCCUCUGUGAGUAAUCUAGGGUUCCCAACCUAUCUGAAUGGUGCCAUGCAUUGGCUUUGUAGCGACUUGAAUUCUGAUUAUAUAAUUUCUUUCAACUUUGACAAUGAAAAGUUCCAAUCAUUUCCACCACCUCCUCCUUCUGACGAUAGUGACUCUGAUACGUCACGAAAUGUGUCCUUUGGGGUUCUAGGAGAAUGACUUUGCAUAUGUAAUUCUGAAUUUGAGUAUCUGGACAUCUGGGUGAUGAAAGACUACGGUACUCAAGAAUCAUGGAGCAAAGAUUACUGUAUUGAUACUUGUACUGAUCAUGGGAGGUGGCUUCAUGGGUUGUAUGAACAAAUGAGUUACUUGAGAAAUGGAGCUAUCCUAUUGUUUCAUCGUUUGGGAAAUGCUGUCGUUUACUAUGACCCCAAAAUAGAAGAAUUCUACUUUUUAAAGCUUCGUGGGAUCAAAUCGAAGUUCGAAGCAAUUGCUCAUACUCCAAGCUUCAUCUCACUCAAGGAUGCAGUGGGUGGAGGUAAUCUGGCAGUUUUGAACAUCAAAUCAAGGUGCGCAGAGGUGAAAUUGCCGGGAGAGACCAAGGCCGUUUUCUUAAAUGAAGAAAUUGUAGAUUUUGAUUCUGAUUUCAAUUUAUCUGAGUGAAGAAGCAAGUAGUGAGGUGGAAGUUUUGAAUGCGGCCAAGAUGUGGUUUCCUUACAGUAGCUUUAUGGAAUCCGGAGGCUGAGGAGUUUGUCUCUUGGAGUUGGGAUGCUUUUGAACCUUCACAGAUCCUUUGUCUCUUCUCUUUUCAAUAUUUUGCUUUGUUGGUUACUUUUUAAGUAGUUCUUAUCAGCAGAAGACUGCAUUUUGUGGGGUGUGGGAUGAUAUGCCACUCUUGUUUUCUUAGAGGAACAUACAUUUCAUCACUCUGAAAUGAAACUUUCUUGCAAAUAUUGCUUUCUAGAUCCA